AUGGCCGACUUUUCUACGACCAAUGGCAUCGGUGAGCCGGAAAAGAAGAGGACGCCUAGAAAGCUAGUCCUUUGCUUCGACGGCACAGGCAACACAUUCACCGGUUCCAAUUCCGACACGAACGUGGUCAAGAUCCUCAGCAAGCUCGAUCGCAACGACCCUGAUCAGUACCAUUACUAUCAGACUGGUAUCGGCACGUAUGACAUCAAUGAUGAGUCUGUCAACAAGGGCGUCUUUGGUGAAUUCAAAUCAUCAAUCUCGCAGACUAUUGACCAAGGAAUUGGUACCACUUUUGACGCCCAUGUCAUGGCCGGUUAUCGUUUCCUUAUGCGUUACUACGAUUCAGGCGACAAGAUCUACAUGUUUGGCUUCAGCCGUGGAGCCUUCACUGCCAAGUUCCUUGCCCGCAUGGUCCACACCGUAGGUUUACUGUGCAAAGGAAACGAGGAAAUGGUCCCCUUCGCAUACCGUCUCUACCAGCGCUACUUGGCUGGCGAAGUCGAGGAUUUCAUCGUGUCCCACCCCAAGAAGUCCAAAAAGGAGAAGAAACACAAGAAGGACAAGAAAGUCGCCGCCAACGGAGAUGUGCCAACGCCACCACCCGAGCUUGAAGACGAGGAGCCAUUGCAUGAGGGCCAUCGUGAAGAUGAGGACCCAGCAACCCACGGGAUCAAGUACGCGGUUGCCAGAGACGAGAUCGCAGCUUUCAGCGAUACCUUUUGCCGCAAGGAAAAGGCGAUGCACUGCGACAAGAUGGAGGAGUCCAACAUCAAGGUCUUCUUCCUCGGUAUCUGGGACUGCGUCAAUUCCGUUGCUGUCCUCGAACGUACUGCACCAAUUCCUGUGCCUGUAGUUGGGACGGCGCAUCAUGUGCGCCAUGCCGUAGCCGUGGACGAGCGACGCGUCAAGUUCAAGGCCGCUCUCCUUGCUCAGGACAUGAAAGAAUCAGAUCACAAUCAUGAAGACAUCAAGGAAGUCUGGUUCCCGGGCUGCCAUGGUGAUGUCGGCGGUGGCUGGCCUGCUUCCGCCGAAAGCAAGCUCGACAAUGGCAUCGAUAUGACCUUUUGGGAGCGCGUCAAGAACUUCUGGACGACGCGAAAAGAGAAAGCAGCUAACAAAGCUCUGGGCUGCGACAGGCUUCAAUUGAGCGAUGUCCCACUGGCUUGGAUGAUCCGGGAGGUGAAGCUCGUUGGUAACAAGGAGGAAGUUGCGGCACUGAAGUGGCGCGAGAAUGUCACGGCCUUUGAGAAGCGAUUCGCGAAGAAGAAAGACAAGGCCACAAUGGGAGUCAUUCACGAUUCCCUCGCGUAUGGCCGUGGCACAAGUUUCUUCCGCGUCCUUCUUUGGAAGCUCAUGGAAUGGCUCCCUUUCAUCACCCGGUGGGAGCUUGAAGACAGUGGAUGGGAGAAUGUCCGCUUCCCGCUUAACAAAGGCAGCACGCGAGAUAUUCCCAAAGACGCAGUUCUGCAUGAGUCUGUUCUCUGGCGCUUGAAGAACGACCCAAAGUAUUGUCCACAGAACAAUCAUGGCGGUCGGCAACUCCCCUGCUUGAAACACAAACACAACAUUGCGGAAUGCCAUCCUGUUGAAGAACACAUUCAUGAUGAGAACUGCGACCAUCAGAUCUAUAAGAUCACAAGGUCCGCUUCUGAUCUUGCGACUCGGACUUAG